CAGAAGUUCAAUCCGCGCUCGAUAGUAGUGGUGGUUGUGGUGGCGUUCAGUUCAGUUGUGUUCGAGAUUACUAACAAGAUGCUGCCGCUGCUGCUACAUAACCAAACGGAAAAGUGUUUUCAUCGGUGUUUUCAGUGAUUUCGGCAGCAAUUUAUUGAGUGUUUAUUAUGAAAACAGGCAAUGAAAAUGUGGCAAGUACAUCAGAAAAUUUACACAAGGUUCUCAUUGAUCCUACAAUACCUAUUGAGGAUCUGUUGGGUUCUGUUACAACAUACAAUAAUGUUGAAGGAUCUGAGAGUUUCCAGCUCCGGACAAGUGCUAGGGUGUUCAAGAAAAUGAAACUUGAUUCAGCUUUAGCAGCACUGCCAGAAAAGAAAGAACCAGAAAAGAAAGAGGAAACAAAAUCUGAAGUAAAGAAACCAUUUCAAAAGCCAUUUUGGACAGCUGAAGAUAAAAAUUAUUUCUUUGAAGCAUUGAAUGAAUAUGGUAAAGAUUUUGAAGCGAUUCACACGUACAUAAACACCAAACUUCGUAAGGGAACGCCCGACACAGCUUUAAAGACUCGGGAACAAAUCCGACACUUGUAUUAUAGAACCUGGCAUAAAAUCUCAAAACAUUUAAAAUUCUCCGAGGACGUGAAAAAAGUUGUACAAGAACUGUACGGGCUUAUAAACUAUGGUGAACUGCGGAAGAAAAUGACUUCAGUCAGUGAGAAAACCUGCAUCAAACUUAAUGAACUUAUUUAUAGAGGAACUCUAUCGACAAGAGUAAAAGGACGUACUAUACGGAUUAGAACUCCAAUGUGUAAAGCGUUGAGAAGACUGAACAGAUUAGAAGAAAACGACAAUGAUAUUAAACUACCGACAAGAGUAUUAGUUGAAUGUAUGCCAAAAGAUAUGUAUACGUGGAUGAAGGUGCAAGAAAUGUCGCAAAACCCGCGCAUCCGAAUCCUGGUGCCACUUCAGCGACGUCUUAAUUCGUUGAUAUACUAUUUAUCGCAAAGGUGGAAGAACAACGAGGUUUUGGAACAUGAAAAGUUGUUAACUGAAAUUGAAUCCAAUUCUAUUCAGGCGAAUGAAGAAGUUCUAUUUACUGGCAAAAUAGAACCACGUUAUGAACCACCGUUGAGAUUAGCUCCAGCGAAAGAAGUACCAGUUGUGCUUCCUAGUUUUAACAUCACAGAGUUCUUCACAACGCAGAGUAUUUGUUUGAAUGCGUAUGAAGUGCGAAUUGGUGCAAAACAAUCGGGGGAAACUCGGUGGUUGGAAGCAUUUCCCAAUUUCAAACAGAUGAUUAAGACAGGUAUUAAUAAACGAGGCACAAAACGAACAAGAACUGAAAGUAACAGCGAGAAAAGUGCUUCGCCACCAAAUAAUGCCCGGCCAGGUUCCGCUGCUUUUGUAGAUAGUAACGAGAACUGCGUAGGAGAGACAGACAACAUUAAUAAAGUGGACGAGUGUGUUGAUGAAGCUGUGAACACGAUUUUAUCGUUACAGCAUCAGGAAACACCUGAAGUAGUUGAUUCCAUGUUGCUUGAUUCGAAAGAUGAUUUAAAUGAUGAUGAUUGCAUGAUUAUGGUUAAAAAAGAACAUGAUAUUGCUAAUAUUAGAUUGGGUUGGACACUUCCCGACUGCGGAACUUUAACAGUUGGAGAUUUAUAUUUAAUGUUUGGAACAAACUCCAAAAUUCAGCUUGAGUAUAGUUGGGAUGAAGGUGGCUGUACUUCUGCUAUUAAAAAAGAAGAAAUUACAAAUCCAGAGGAAGUUGAUGUAAAAAUCGAGAAUGAAUCGCUAAAUGAAGAAAAUAAACCAAGUGUGAUAUCGGACUCAAGCCGCCCGAAUGUAACAUCAUCGUUAAAACAAUUGCUUUCAGUGGCAAAACUGCAUUACAGAAAAAAUAUGGUAAAAUGUCCUUGCGGACAUGUUUGCGGUUCUCCGAAUAAGAGCCAAUCAAAGGCGAAAAUUGUUCACAAACCUUCUAAAACCACAUGCAAUGACAAUAAGAAUUCUCUGGAUAUGCAAACGUCAAGUACAAUGGUGACAGUACUGCAACAAAGCAACAUCACAACCACUGCCAGCAUGGUGCCAAUUUUAAUACAACCAGAAAUCAAGAAAUUCUCACCACAAUCGUUGUUUCGACGGCCGAACUCUCCAAAUUGUGGUUUGCGCGCACAAAUAAACUCUAUACAAAGAAUGAUGCCUCGCUAUUGCAAUCGAAAAGGCAGGCCCCGAACGAAGCAAGUAGUCGUCGAACGCAGAUUGCCCCUCUUGGCAAACAAAGCAGACAGUGGUCGUAUCGUUCAAAUGAAUAUAAUCUCAAAAGACGUAGCUGUAAGCCAACCGCGACCUAUUGCCGCUCGGCAACUUCCCGCAGAAACCUCAAAUCAUGAUCAAAUUUCGACCAACAGCACCGCGACUUUUUCUACUGUCGACAUAUCUUCGCCGGAAGUUAGAUCAACACAAGUUUCUAACACAUUGCAAGUGGUUCAAUCGGACCAAUCUCAGAUUCACAUAGAAUCACAAUCGGAUAAUGGUGGUAUUAAUAAUGAUCUUCUUGAUAACGCCACAACGUUGAGCAGAGUUAGUUCCCCGACUAGCAUUUCCAAUCUGCUAGAUAUGGCCCUGGAAAAUACUGACGGUAAUGUUGAUAGGCAACGGGGAGAUGGUAUUACGAAUUUUGUGGGGUUGUUGUCCGACCGGGUGGACACGCCAUCUUGCAGUCCAUCCAGGCUUCUCAAAGAGAAUGACAAUCAGUGGAUUAAUGCAGAAGUGCAAGAUUUUUCAUUCAGCAGCUUUUUGGGGCAUCUAGAUUCAUCGCCAGUGAAGACUACUAGUGUGAAUAAUAUCGUAAAUUCGGAAGAUACUCGGAUGAGUUUAAGUUUAACUCAUGAUGUGGAUGCUCAUUUGCAAUCACUGAUGACCGAGAGCAGUAUGGACUUUUCGCAUAAUUUUGCUGAUCUAGCAGCACUCGCAGAUUGCAAAAAGUAGUGCUCGUACGUGCGGGAUUAUGAUUAAAAGCACGCAGGUACACCACGGGCAUAACCGGAAAUAGAUCCUUUAAGAUGGAGUCCGCGAUGCUGCUUAUUGUUGAGUCCCAACGUGCGCCUUCCAUGAACAGACCGUGGACGUUGGCCCCUUCGCGCGGUGCCGUGACGA